UUCCACCUUCCAAUAUAGUUAUCAGAACGUUAGACUACUCGGGGCUUGUCACCUAACAGCGCCCCGGCGUUAAGCGAAACUAUCAUGGCUAUGGCUGAUGACGCGCUCGAACGGGAUGCUUUGUUCAGGAAGCUGAGGGCAAAGGCCGAGAACAAGGUCUGCUUCGAUUGCCCUAACAAGAAUCCAACAUGGGCUUCCGUCCCCUACGGGGUCUUUAUUUGCUUGAACUGUGCUGGCAUUCAUCGGAGUCUGGGCGUGCACGUCAGCUUUGUGAGGUCGACAACUCUAGACUCAUGGACGCAAGACCAGCUGAAGCUUAUGGCUGCUGGUGGGAACCUGCGGGGCCGACAGUUUUUCAAGCAGCACGGCUGGGAUGACAUCGGAUCUGACAAGAUAGAAGCGAAGUACACCUCACGGGCGGCACAGCUCUAUCGGGCUCUGCUGGAGAAGGAGGCCCAGAAGGCGACGGUGCACGCGCUGCAGCAGAGCAUAAGCAGCUCGCACGACAAGGCGGGACACCGCGCGGAUCACCCGGGGGAGCUGUCAGACUUCAAGCACAUCGAGCCGGAGCAUCAGGCCCCCGAAGCCGCCCAGCCAGCGGAAGCUGCGGCCCCUCAGGCGAGCGGAGAGCAUGCGGCUGCAGCAGCGGACAGCAGCGCUAAGGCAGCGGCGGUGCCCAAGCCGGUAACAACAAUCAAACCUCGUCCGGCGGCCAGCGGCGCAAAGAAGACUACCGGGAAGUUGGGCCUGGUUAAGAAGCUGGAAUCCAAGGUGGACGACUCCAUCUUCGCGCAGGCACCUGCCCCAGAGCCGGUGAAGCCGGAGCCCGCGGCUCAAGCGACGAGCCUUCCGGGAAGCAGCGGCGCCGCGUCAAGCAGCACUGGGGCGGCGGCUGGGUCGCGUUUUGCGUAUGACACGCUGAAUGCGGAGGCACCGGCGUUGCAGCGCGGCAAGGAUGGGCAUCUCACCAUUGGUGGGGCUGGCGGGUCGGAUUUCUUUGCAGCGGCGCCCGCGCGGCCCGCCAACCGCUCCGGCGGCGGGGCACCCCCGAAGUCGGAGGCCUCGCGGGAGGUCCAGGACGAGCAGUUGAAGAAGUACGCCAAGGCCAAGGCCAUUUCCAGUCGCGAUUUCCAGCAGAACGACGCCAACGCCGAGCACGAGCGUCAGAUGCGGCUGUCCAAGUUCCAGGGCGCCGCGGCCAUCUCUUCAGCUGACUUUUUCGGCCGCGAGGAGUCCCAUGGGUCGUUAUCUGGUGCUGGCGGCUCUGGAGACCUGGAUAUCACAGCAGCGGAGAUUGUCAACCGCCUCUCCUUCCAGGCCAAGCAGGACAUGCAGCAGAUGAAGCAGAUGGCGGCAGCCGCCACCAAGAAGCUGACGGGCAUGGCGUCCAAGCUCAUCAGCGACCUCAACCGCAUGAACGGCUAAGCAGCAGGAGAGAUGGGGCUGAGCAGCGAUGACUCUGCAUUUUGCUGCGCAGCGCAUACAGCCGGCAUCGGAGACGGUGGAGUAUGCAUAAGAGUCAGCAUUAAACGGGGUACUUGCAGGCGUAUUCGUUUUAUUAUUGGCUGCUCUUUUUGCGAUGGCAGUGCAUAUUCCUUUUCAGUGGCGGGGUGGUAAGUGCUGCAUGGGAGGGAGGCUUGUAGGCACUUGUGAAUGGGGAAGAGCCGUGUGGGCCGCUUGUUAGGUUUUCCGUGAUGGGUUCCGUGGAUUGGGUGAAGUUGGUGCAUGAGCCGCUCCCUUAGCGCAGCGAUUCAAAGAGAUAAUCCUUUAGGGGCUGUCCAGCCCAUAAUAGUCGGUAACUGAUGAGCGCGUUGCGAUGCCUUGUUUGCGUGCCUCUCAUGAUGAGAGAGUUUAGGAUUGGAGAGCUGUCAUGAGCGGUGGGAAUUGCAUGGAUGCCCUCAGGACUAGCACAGCGCGCCACAUCUGCACCCGGGAUGUACGUAGUGGGAGCGGCGAGA